AUAUAUUUUCCUGAAAAUGCAUUAUAAAUAAAUAACCGUUGCAAACGGCUAGUAUUUUCUGAUUGGCUGGCUGCCUACACCCGCCACGUGUCGCGUCUUCACUAGCUGCCUCACUGCACGCGUCAGCCACCCAACUUUUUUUUUUUUUUUUUUUUCUGAUUCUUCACUGCACGUGUAAUCUCCAUCUUCAUUAUUGUACCGUUUUAUUUGUGUUUGCCAGCCAGCUGUGGGCCCCACUCCAAUUACUAUUCAUCAAUAAAAAAUGCUCAAGUUUUGAGCUUUUUUGGAAAUGCUCAUGAGCUUUUUUUCCCAUUUUUACAUUUGCUCACCAUUGUAGCUCAUGAUCAUUUUUUUUACUCACAAAAAAUUCUCAUGAGCAAAAAAACACUCACCAUUGCUAGUGCUCUAAGAACCUGUAUUUUUGUUGAUGUAAAUGUCAACAAAAGGAAGGAAAAUCAAUAAAUAUUGCCAGUCAAUGAGAGGAUUUGUGAAGGAAGCAAGGGAAACAGGAAGGCCCAACAAAAAUGACGUGUCAACUCAUAAUUGGACGCAAGACACCAUAGCACAAGCUGUUAAAUCACUUAAAAUUACGAAACCACCCCUCACCAAAUCAAAACAACUAGCUUCAGCACCCAGAAACCCCUCCUCAAAUGACGAAAAUACCCUCACCAAACCGAAUCAGCAAGAUUCGGACCCAAUAUAACCCGAACCAAAUAUGUUCGGAUCCGAAAUUAAAACAGUUGAUUACAGAUUUACAGGCUGUCAGCAACAAGUCCCUACCCUGCGUCUCCUCAACCGCUUUGGCUCUUUCUCUCUCUACUGUGUGUGUUUCUCUCUCUAGAAUAGGCGGAAGGAGGAAGACGGACCGAGGUUUGGUGGAUCCAAUUAUCAGGUGAAGAAACUCAGCUGUGAAGUUUGGACGUGUAUACGCUGUGGAAAUGGAAAGUGCAGAUGGUAGUAAGAUUUCUAAGAGAACAGUUUUUGUCACCGUUGGAACUACCCUAUUUGAUGCUCUUGUCAAAGCAGUGGACACUCCUGAAGUCAAGCAAGAAUUAUAUGCAAAAGGGUAUACACACCUCCUGAUUCAAAUCGGUCGUGGGUCUUACAUCCCUGCCAGGUCAACUGGUGACAAUGGGUCCCUAGCCGUUGAAUACUUCACGUUUUCGUCUAGCAUUGCAGAGAGCCUUUCAUCAGCUUCUCUUGUCAUAAGUCAUGCAGGAUCAGGCAGCAUUUUUGAGUCAUUGCGGCAGCAUAAGCCUUUAAUUGUCGUGGUGAAUGAGGACUUGAUGGAUAAUCAUCAAGAAGAACUGGCAGAAGAAUUAGCAGAGAGGAAACACUUGUUCUGUGCACACCCUCAAACCCUUUAUCAGACUAUUACAAGUAUGGAUUUAGAUUCUCUUCUUCCAUAUCCUGCUGGUGACGCUAAACCGGUUGCAAAGCUUAUAAACAAGUUUUUAGGUUUCCCAGAAGAUUAACAAAAACACAUUACUUGAUCCUCCAACAAUUUAAAAUGUGUCAGUGCUUAAUCAGACUGAAAUCUCUUGAUUCUUUUAAUAGCACAUGUAUUGCUUGCUUCUCAUACUUCUGAUAUUGAUUUUUGUCGAGUAAUCCAAUCAAAGAUGGUUGAUGAUUACCGUUUAGUCGUGACUGUCAAAAGUGAAGUGAAGAAUAUAUCUUUGUGAAUGGAAAAAUGCAGCAUGAAGUUGAUUGACUUCAUCUCUGAAACACUAAUGCAGAACUUCAAACAGAACUAGAUGAAGCAACAAGAGUCAGCACCAUAUGGAAUUCAACUAUAGACGUUUUCCUUAGAGGAAAGGUUAAGAAAGCAGCCCUACCCCUAAGGAUGUACUCAAUAUGUUCAAGGUUUCAAGCUUGCCCCAUAAAUGUAUUAGAAUUAAACUUUGGGAUGAUUUCCCUUCA